AUGGCAUCUACAGUGAAUGAAUCUAUCGAGACUCAGCUGUUCAUUAACGGCGAGUUUCGAGCAUCGUCUAGUAACAAAGCAUUCGAGGUGGUAUAUCCAUACACCAAAGAGGUCGUUGCGCAAGGACGUGGAGGAUGCCGUUACCGCUGCCAGCACAGCCUUCCCCGCCUGGCGAGAUCUGGGCACCGACAAGCGAGGCGCAUACCUACGCAGACUAUCUCAGCUCUCUUGGAAUCAAACAACGAGCUGGCGAAGCUAGAGACACUCUGCACUGGCCGACCGGUUUCACAGUUUGUUGACGCUGGUCUGGCAGCUGAGUCCUUUGCGUACUUCGCUGGUGGCGGUUGGACCGCACAGGGGACCGCCAGCCUCAACACACCGGACCACCUAAAUCUGACCGUCAAGCAGCCAUAUGGUGUGGUAGCACUUAUCAUCCCAUGGAACUUCCCGCUUAUUAUUUUGCCGGGAAAAUGGCGCCAGCGCUGGCAGCAGGCAUCUCUCUAUGUAGCCAAACUAAUUGAGAAAGCGGGCUUUCCGCCUGGAGUUGUCAACAUCAUAUCUGGCUUCGGCAACCCUACCGGCGCGGCACUGGCAUCGCACAUGGCCGUCCGCUGUAUCAGCUUCACUGGCUCCACGGUAACGGGACAGAAGAUCCAGGAGGCAGCUGCAAAGUCAAGCAUGAAGCACGUGCACAUGGAGCUGGGUGGGAAAUCACCGGCGAUUUUCUUCGAAGACGCGGAUCUGGAGACAGCUGUUGCGCAGACACAAUUCGGUAUCCAGUUUAAUAGUGGACAAGUGUGUGCGGCGAACUCACGGAUCUAUGUGCACGAGUCAGUGGCUAAACAGUUCAUUAAAUUAUUCUGUGAGAAGUUUGCUGCUGUCCAGAUGGGUGAUCCACUCGAUCCUGCUACCUCGCAUGGUCCGCAGAUUGAUCUGCUGCAGUAUAACUGGAUCAAAGAAUACCUUGCUAUCGGGAAAAAGGACGGAACGCUCAGGCUCGGCGGUGAUGCAAAUGAUGGGUUCUUUGUGCGGCCGACUAUCUUUGAGGGUGUUGGUGAGGACUUGCGGCUGAUGAGAGCGGAGGUCUUCGGUCCGGUUGUUGUUAUCAAUACCUUUUUCACCGAGACUGAAGCGAUUGAGAAGGCGAAUAAUUCGGAGUUCGGCCUGUACGCUGCCGUCUUUACCAAGGAUCUUGAUCGUGCCGUUCGUUUGGCUAAGGCUUUGGAUGCAGGCACUGUUGGUGUGAACUGCACUAGCCCGACUAAUGCCAGGGAUACUGCUUUUGGUGGGUAG